CGUGCUGCGCACCCAGUCAAGCCGUUGAAUCGAGCACUGUCGCGAUGUCAUGCGACUGCGACGGUCGGCAGCACGCAUGGCACUCUUGAAGCUCUCCCGACCACCGUCCGGACGCUGGAAGGUACGUCGAUGCAAUGGUUGUUGGCGACGAUUUCGAACACGAAUGGCUGCGUUGUUUGCAGAACUUGCCUUGGCAAGCACAUUGUCGACGACGGCGCCAUGUUGCUCGUCGUCGCGGUGGCCGCACGUGUUGAAAUGUGGGGGGGGCCGUCAGCAGCGAUGGGACCGCCGGAAGAGCGGUGGCGUGCACGUCGGUAUUCGCACGAAGUGCUGCCGUGCUGGAAUGGCUCAUGCACCCGUCCCGCCACGUCAUGCUUGGAAACCAGUGCCGGGCCAAUUCACUAGCACGAUAGCGCCGUGUUUACGGCGCGUACUCGCACGUUCACGCGAACGACUCCACAGGCAAUUCCGCUAGUCGACGUGACGUUGACGAGCAAGACGUUAGACGGCGUCGGGGGUGAUGUCCGAG